AUGUCGGCUUGGGACUGUGUUGCCCGAAACCUCAUCAGCAGUGGUGAAUUUGACCGUCCCGAGUUCGACGGCAAGAAGGCACAAGCAAGAUUUGCGAUAAUGCUGCGCGACCACCAAGACAGGAACGAAACCUCUGCAAAGGCUUCGGGUGCUGCGGAGGAGUACACAGAGCACAGGAUCCUGCUCGAUAACCUUUUGGCGCAAGUGUGGCAAGCCAAUGAGGAAGGGGAGAAACGCACGGCCGAAGAGGAAGCAGCAGCUGCUCAAGUAGAAUCAUCAGCGGCUCAAAUCCGGGACGAGGCGAUGAAGUCGCAAGGUAAACGAAAGGCGAUUCGAUGA